GUCUGCCCCGCCCCCCAGCUCCAGGGCUCUAGGCGGCCAUUUCCGCCUUCAAGUCGGACGGAGUACGUCUAGGACCAGCAGACCUGUCCCGGAGCGCGUAAACUCGCUCGCACGCGCCGCCCACGUCCAGCUUGCGAAUCCGGAGGCGAUCAGUUCCAAAUAAUGCCCCGGAAGGCAGCUAAUCCCGAGGAGGCAGCAGGGGAGCGGGCUCCGGAGGAGAUGGAGGCUGGGCGGCCGCGGCCGGUGCUUCGCUCGGUGAACUCGCGCGAGCCCUCUCAGGUCAUCUUCUGCAACCGCAGCCCGCGCGUCGUGCGGCCUUUGUGGCUCAACUUUGACGGUGAGCCUCAGCCCUACCCGACCUUACCACCGGGCACCGGCCGCCGCAUCCACAGCUACCGAGGUCAUCUUUGGCUCUUCAGGGAUGCAGGGACCCAUGAUGGACUCCUGGUUAAUCAAACGGAACUGUUUGUGCCAUCCCUCAAUGUUGAUGGACAACCUAUUUUUGCCAACAUCACAUUGCCAGUGUAUACCCUGAAAGAGCGGUGCCUUCAGGUUGUGCGAAGCCUGGUCAAGCCUGAGAACUACAGGAGGCUGGACAUCGUCAGGUCACUCUAUGAAGAUUUGGAAGACCACCCAGAUGUGCGGAAGGACAUACAGCGGCUGACCCAAGAGCACCUUGAGAAUCAGCACCUGGGAGAGGAGCCUGAAGGAGUCCAUUGAGAUUAGUGGUCCUGAAUUUCAGCCUUGAUGGUCUGAAACUGAUCUACACAUACACUUUCUUUCAGUUUUAAAAUGGUUCAUUCUUGGAGUAAAAUAUCCAUCUUGUAAAAGAAAGUUAACUAACGUCACUGAGCUUUGUCGUGUUUAAGCAUAAACAUGCAAAGUACCACGGAGCCUGCCCUUUCUAGAGCACUCAUCAGAAGAAGGUGUUUUCAGGUUUGCUUCCUGGUAAGGCUGGAAGUUCAGUGUAAGGAUGUUUGUGUAAGUUCUUCAGCAGGAGUUACACUGUGUCCUUUAAUUUGAAGAAUAGUGCUGCAUUUGAACAGAGGGCUCGCCUCUUUUGGGAAGGCUGAGAAGGCCCUAAACGCUGGGACGGACAUCCUGUGGAGGCCCGGUACCUAAUGUGUAUGGAGUCUUCAGUCAUGAGUGCUGGACGAAACCAUUGGGGGUUUGGUGGGAGAGUUGGGAGGGCCUGACUGAUGUCUGAGGAAAACCUUAAGUGUACAUGUAAAGGAACAGCUUCGCAGCUUCUCUUUAGAAAGAACUUUUUCUGAUUUUCCAUGUCUCAGCACUUUCUACUUUGUUUUUUAUUUUAUUUUAUUUUUGAGACUUUUGUAGAGCCCAGGUCAGCCUCAGUCACUCAGUAGGGCAUGCUGGUCUUGAACUCCUGAUCCUCUGGGAGUGUGUCCCCUGCCCCAGCAUUGGGGGCACAUGUGUACACCACAACCUGUUCUGCUCUUGCUUUUCCCAUUUUGAGAUGGGCUCAUACUGUAGCCCUGCCUGGCCUCGAGCUGGAGUCAGCCCUGCCUCCCAGCCGUCUGAUAGCAGCAUACUUUUCAAACUGGGUGGACUUAAUGUACUCACUGCCACAGACAGCAAAGAGCCAUCCUUGUGUUUUUUUCCUUCCUUCCUUCCUUCCUUCCUUCCUUCCUUUCUUUCUUUCUUUCUUGUUUUCGAGAUAGGGUUUCUCUGUAUAUCCCUGGCUGGCCUGGAACGCAGAAAUCCGCCUGCCUCUGCCUCCCAAGUGCUGGGAUUAAAGGUGUGCUCCACCACCACCAGGCUCUUCCUUAUGUUUAAGUCUGGUUUUGAGAGCUCCUGUCUUUGCGGAAGCUGUUGGCAGGAGCAGGGAUUUCUGUCCCUUCCCGUCAGUCCCUAGCAUUCCACUUUUUUUGGCAGGCGCUGGUUCUGCUUUGAUUGGAGAAGCCAGUGAAGCUCCACUCAGCCACACACUCCAAACAGUGGGUCACAGAGCAGGCUGGAACGUGUAGUAUCUUUAUGGAUGGUCACAGCUUUUCUUACGUAUUUAAAUAUUCAUAUUCUAUCAAACAUUUUAUACAACAUAAUUUUUUACAGAGAAAAAAGUCUUGAAGCCUGGGUUUUGUGGCACACACCAGAAAGGUCAGUCAACUAAAGGAAGCAGAAAGGCUCUUACAUCCUCUCAUGAGGCUUGUGUAACCCGUGUAACUGGGUGUUCUCUGUAGGGCACGUUUUAAUUGGUUAAAGCAGUUUGUUGUAGCUGAGAUCAUAGGUAUACAGUUUUGUAUCCUGAUGUUUUCAUUGAACUUCAUUGCUUUUUGUUUGUUUGCUUUCCCCUCUUUCAUUUUUUGUUUUGUUUUUUGGCUUUUGUUUUAUUGAGACAGGGUUUCUGUGUAGCCCAGGCUGUCCUGGAACUCCCUUUAUAGACCAACACCUGAUUACCAGCCUCAAAGGGAGAGAGCUGCUUGCCUCUGCCUCUCCAGUGCUGGGGCUGAAGGAUGCCUAACCUCCAUCUACCUUGGUAACUUGUCUUUUUUGUGUUAGUACACACACUGUGUGAAUACCAGUGUGCUGUCCUUUUCCUUCGAGGGUGACUGACUGUUGUAUUUGUCCGAGUUCUGGGCUCCUUGAGUGCAGUCCGAUGCUCUAAGAUCAGCAAAAUGACUGAGCUAAAUCCUGACACUUCCCACCGUCCUUAGUCUGCAGCAUUCCGUGAGUGAAGUGGCCACAGGCCACUGUGGAGGGCCUGUGUGUGGGAAGUCGGCAGGGGCCAAGCUAUUGCAACAUUGGUUUUAUUUUUUUAAACCUAUCUCUGUCUCUAAAAGAUGUAAUGUUUGUGUUAUUCAACUGGAAGUUUGAAUACUGUUCUCUGUGCUGUCCAAAAAGUGGGGACUUAUGAGUCACUUGUCCUGGGACAUCCUGUGAAUGUGUUCCUCAGACUGUGUUUUCUCCUUUGAGUUUUCUGAAAAAAGCUGACCUUUUUAGUACAAUAAACGGUGCUAAGUGAAG